AUGUCUGGCCUCAAUGUAUUUACCCGCGGUAAGCAGCGAAUAAACAUAGCGAGAAACCAGUUGCGCGACCGAACCCGAAGCUUCGAUUCAACGGGCCGACCUAUCGUUCUAGCUUCUAGGGAACGGGGCAAAGAAACACUGACGGAGUAA